AUGGGUGAUACCUCACCCACGCCGCACCAGCUGCUUGUGGAGGCUAUUGUGUUCUGGUCGAUUGGGGUUGUACUUUAUAUUGGUCGAAUGAUCUCACGAACAAUUGCAGGUGGAUCUAUAAAACGGCUAUUUUGGGACGACUAUGUUAUGACAGCGACUUUUAUCAUCUACACCACCUUGCUCAUUCUCAUUCAAAUUUCCGCCCGUUAUGCCACAAAUCUCAUGGACCCGAAAGACUACGACACGGUGCUGGCUGACCCACAGCAAGUCAGUGACCGGAUAUACGGGAGCAAGAUCGUGAUUGGCCUCGAGCAGUGCAUGUUGGUAUCGACAUGGGGCGUCAAAACAUGUAUGCUGAUUCUCUAUUGGAGAAUCACGCAGAACCUCCGCUCUAACUUUUACAUCAAACUGCUUUGCAUCUACGUGGCUAUCGGAUUUGUCGUCAUCAUGGUCACCUAUUAUGGCGUGUACUGUCGACCAUUCUCACAAUAUUGGGCGAUGCCGGUGGAGAAUAUGCAGUGUGCGACGUAUCAAUAUUACUCCAUCACCCAGGCUGUCUUCAACAUCUCCUCCGAUGCGAUGAUGUUCGCUGUGCCGAUCCCCCUUCUGGUCAAGGCACAGCUGAAGCGACGCCGCAAAGUUUUGUUGGUGGGAGUGAUGAGUCUGGGCCUGUUUACUAUCAUCGCGGCCAUCCUGAACAAAUACUUUAACUUUGCCUCACCACUCACAACCACGUAUCAGAUAUGGUACAUCCGAGAGUCAAGCACAGCCAUAUAUGUGGCCAAUCUGAUGUGCUGGUGGCCUCUCUUGCGAAAGCUCUUCGGACUCAAGACCUUUUCAUACAACAGCAACCGCGGCAACAGAAACCAGAAUCAACACAAUUUGAACAAGGGCGGCCGCGGCUACUCGGAUGCCUCCCAAUCCCGGCCCUCCGUCUCACUCCCACGCCCAUUGCGAUUCCUCCAAUUCGGGUUUCGGCAGGGGUAUCGAGAUGGCCAUGUGCAACCGCACGGGGACACGCACCGAUCCAGCCAAGAAGCCAUCACGCGCCCUUCGGUCAACUACAUGGACGAUUAUCAGCGCACCGACAUGAUACACAUGGAUGAAUGGGACUGUGAACGGAAACAGGUUGUCGAUUUUGAAGAUAAAAAGGGCACAAGGCAUGAUUCGAUCACGGAUCUCGAGACAGGGUACAUGAAAGGAUUAUCACGACCGAUUUAA